AAUUUAGCGAACACCGGAUCUAGAAUCCAGUUUUAUGUUGGAUUUAUCUCUAUUGCACAUUGCUUUUUAUCUCUGACAGUUUCGAGGGAUGGGUACACGUAAUUCCAACAGGAUUACACGAUCUACCGAAACUUUCGAUUCGCCGAAACUCAGGAUUAUGCUCCGUAGAUGGACAAUGGUCCUUAAUUAGGCCUCGAUUGGCUAAUUAGCAGACGAAAUGCUCGAGGUGUCCCACGACGGUGAAGCAACUAGCUUUCUCCAGGGUGGAAGACGCGCUGCGCCUCUCCCGCGUUACUCUCAUACCGGCCCCGAAAUCAUGCUCCGGGGAUUCACUAAAUAAUGGGAAGCAAUGUUCUCGCACACGCGUUCACGUUCCUAUGUGAACUAGAGUACACGCUGACAAAGUGGGAGAUCCUACUCGGAUCCAGGGUCCUCCUCCGAGUCUAGAUCAGGUCCCAAUCCAACACAGGAAAUGAAUCUUCGUAGGCGUACACCUAGCUUAGCUCUCUAUAUAUAAGCUACCUAGGAAGGAAAACCGUCAACCAUAAUUCAGCAAUUCGUUAGACAGUUACUACCGGGGAUAUUUACUUGUUUCGAAUAUGGAUAGGAUAGUGCGACAGGUAUCGCUAGCGUUGGUGAUUAGUAUGGGAAUAGUGUAUUGCGAGCCUCCAUUGAGCAGUCAAUACGGUGUGCCAGGAAACUAUGCUGGCAACAAUAACAACCAGGGCUCGUCUAGUGGAGGAAACGGUUUCGGUAAUCAUCACUAUGAUAAUGGAAACGACAACGAUUACGUUGAUCAGCCGAUGUCGUACGAGUUUGGUUACGCGGUGAAGGAUCAGGCAACCGGAAACGACUUUGGUAGACGAGAAACCAGCGACGGCGAAACGGUUCGAGGGGAAUACAGAGUACAACUGCCCGAUGGAAGGACGCAAAUAGUGACUUAUACCGCUGAUUGGAGAACGGGUUUUCACGCAGACGUUAGGUACGAGGGUACCGCUACCUAUCCUGAUCAGUACAACACGCAGAACAAUGCUAACAACAACCCUACCGACCAACGGUUUGGUCUCCAGGGAAACAAUAUUGCCGCUGGAUACAAUGGAGGUCGGGGGACCAACAACGGAGGAUACAAUUAUCAAUCCCCGAAUGGAAAUUACAACAAUGGAAACAACAAUUAUCAGUUCGGCUCCAAUUCUUUGGAUAACAAUUACAACAAUUUUGGGGCUCGAAACGGUUACAACACGCAAGUACCAUCGACCAUGUACGGACCAGCGUUCCAUUGAUCUUUAGUUUAGUUUACUAUUUCAAUUGCAAGUAGGAUAAGAAACAUCCUGUAAACACUACUUAUUUUGUAAUAAACCGUUUCCACUAUUAACCGUUUCCACUCGGUUGACUGUCCCCUCUGACAAACAAAGAUAUUGUUCGUUCGAUGUGAUUAUACAUAUAGGAGAAAAUACGUAUGCAGCGAUCGUGCCUAGUAUAGGUGCCAUAUACAUACAUACGAUACAAUAGAUGUAGACAUGUACAUAGAAAAGUCUUCCGCAUCGCAAUGAUUAUGCAAUCGGCGUUUAUCCCCGAUUACGGAGUACAUAUUACUCGCGUAAAAACGUUCGUGAAUCCUCCAUUCCUACCCCUCGGAACUCUGUUUUGCGCGCGUGUGUCAGCGGUAAUUAGUGAUAAUUAUGUCGGGAUUAAUUAGGCACUACCCGGGUAUCGGGUUCUAACGCAACCUGCCCGGUUACGAAAUCAGAUUAAGAAAUGAAUUAGCACCGGCAGUCGUAAACACCGGGGCCGAAGGGGAAUAAUUAUAAUAAAUUGACGGUACCAUCCUCGCGCGUAAACGUGCCCAACCAAUGCGAGAUAUAUCUAUAUCUAUCUACCUAUAUGUACAUAUGUAUCUUUGCGCAAUGACUGAUUAAUGGGACGAUCGAUCGCCGAUACUAGAAUCCUAUCGCGAGAGAUUUAGAGAGGCGGUCGGGGCAGGGGCCAGACCGGGGGCCGGACCGGGGGCCGGACCGGGGGCCGCGCGCCCGAUAUUCUGGGAGCUUGACACUGAACCGAGUUAGGUCGAGGGGUGGUUGUAGAUUAGAACUAACCACCAUAUCAUUACUACUAGUUAACGCCAUAAUAGUUGCCGUUUAAUCGACGAGUUGAUGGUUUUUAUGGAUCAUUUAAAAAGUUUACAAUGCAUUUUGCAUACCAUCGCGUGUCUCUUCUACACUCAACUGUCCUCGGUUCAGAUAUUACUUUAUUUCUCGACUAAUAAUAGUUGGAUUCGAUUUUGUAACAUAGGUGGUAAUACGUUACGUCAUCCUCUUUUUUCCCCCAUCGAUUUCAAGACGAACAAAUUACGUAUAAUUUUCUCCCCACCGAAAGGACAAGUUAUUUCAACCAUAAUCGCUCCGAGAACUCUAUACGAAAUUCUAAUAAUCCUAAUUUUAAUACUUCUCGACUAAUUAUAGUUCCCACUAUAACACUUUUCUACAGUUUUCUUGAGCAGAAAAAAGAA